AUGGCAGACAAAGCUGUCGAGACCGCGCCGAACGAUCCGAAGAAGCCAGACGAAGCCGUCGACAUGGCAGACGAUGGUGUCGAAACCGCGCCGAACGUCGAGUUGAAGAUACCAGACAAAGCCGUCGACAUAGAAGACGAAGCCGUCCAAGCCGCGCCGAAGGUCAAGUCCAAGAAGCCAGACGAAGCCGUCGACACGAAAGACGAAGCAGUCCAAGCCGCGCCAAAAGUCAAGCCCAAGAAGCCAGACAACGCCGGCCAAGCGUCGAAAGUCAACUCCAAGAAGCCAGACAAAGCCGUCCAAACCGCGUCGAAAGUUAAGUCGGAGAUGCCUGCCGUGACUACAGAGCCAGCAGCAAAGGUAGUUCCUGGUCUGACUCAGGUGUCCGGUUUCAAUCCCAUGCAGAUGGCGGAUGCGGCACUACUAUACCAGUAUCUUCAAGUGGUUAAUCACAUUGUCCCACUGGAUAUUCGUGACAUUGCUCUAAAGAGCGGUAUAGACGACGAGUCUGUCCGGCGCGAGAUCAAUCGGAUGAGAGAAAGAGCGCCAUUCCUCCAGAUUCGAGGGACAACCUCGUCCAAAAUGUUCGCGUCGUCAGGGGUGAAUAAUCCUCAGAACAACAUCUUCAUCAAGGACCCUAAGCCUGAGAUCAUUGAGUUCGAUGCUACUCCUUCUGCUAGGCGCAAGCGGAUCAGCGAGCCUACUUCGCAAGAUGCAGAUGUUGACACAGCUGUCUCGCAGCCGCAAAAGCAGCGCAAGUCAAAUGCCGGUGCAGGAAUCAAGAAGGAGGACAGUGGCGUCGGACCAACCGGAGAUCCCAACCCAGCGAUCCUGGAGACUAAGAAGAAGCGCAAGCCAAAGGCCGGUACACUAUUCAAGAAGGAGGACAGCGACGUCGGAGACAAUGCAAGAGAGACGGUUGAGCAUCAGGUGGAGGAGCCUGCUCGCAAUGCAGAAGAUCUCAAUCCUUCAGACACAGUUGUCGCAGGUCAAACAGGUCAGGAGGGAGAAAAGCCUGCGGAGGGGAUGAGCACGGCCGAAGCUAUCAAGGCUAGUAUGAUCGACUGGACAAGCUACGGAAAAUGA